AGCGGACCAUCAGGGUUGCCGGGAGCCAUGUUGGUGGUGCUGGAUGAAAGGCGGCUGAGGGGGAGAUGCUGCGCCCGGCGGAGACGGUGAGGAGAGCCAGCGCCGAGUAGAUGGUAGCCGCCGCGGCCGGGAGACAGACAGGAGGAGCGGGGGAGGGGAGUGCCGCUGCCCAGUGAGGGGCUGCUCUGUGCCAGGCGACAAGGAGGGAGACUAUGGCUGCUGCUCCGCCGCCGCCGCUGCUGGGGACCAGCCUGGCUUACCUUCUCCUCCUCCUCUCCAUCCCUUUGUUUCCUCCCAGCCUGGGGAAGCAUGCAUGGGGCUGGGGGAGCCCCGGUAGCCGGUCCCCGACCCCUCCUCCCCCAGCCCUCUGCAUUGUGGAGCUGCUGUGUGCCACCAAGGGGGCUGCGAUAGCCCAGUGCAUGGAGGCCAGGGGCAGCCAGGAGGGACUGUGCAGGUGCCCCUGGCCCCGGACCCUCUGCUGGGGGCCCCCAGCCGGAGGACUGACUGGCUGCAUCCUUGCAAAGUGCAUUACUAGGACUUGGGGGUCUGCAUGCAGCUGGGGGAGACCCCUGGGGGCACAGGGAAAAUGCAUCCACCUGCCAAAUCCCGGACCUGUGCCUCCAGCCUGCCACUGUAGGACCAAGAGGCAGGCAGAGGAGCCCCCAGAGGGGGCCAGGAGCAGAGGGAAACCCCCUGGCUGUUACUGGAUUACAAAAUCAAUUGUGCUUCCUAUGGAUCCCCUGCCCGUCAUAGGACCCCAUUGCCUUAAGAGUCACAGCACUAAGGACAUUCAUGUUUUUCUGCAGCAACACUGCCAACCAAUUCUGCCAUGCAGUGGUGCCACAUCCAGCAAUAGGACCCUGUGCGAGAGGGGCUCAUCCCCAUACAGCAGCUGCCUUCCCAACUCCCAACUUCUUCUCCUCCUGCAGUGCAUCUCCAGCAGCUCAUCCCGUGGUGCAGGAGCCGGGGACCAGCUGCAUCUCUGCAAACACACCAUGGAUGGGAAUUGCACCCUGGGGCUUUUAAUCCUUAGGACCGGCAGGUCUGGUCAGGAGCAGGGGCACUCCUGUGGAGGGAGACCUUGGUGCCAUUAUGCUUACGACAAGAGGGGGCUAGGAUGUCCCUGUGAUUGCAAUCACAGCAGAGGGAAGGAAGCCAAGGGGGCUCUGCAAUGUGUGCAGCAGCUUGUGAGGACAUAUCCCCAUCCACACUUGCAUAAAUUAAGAUUGUGUCUCCGGACUAUAAGCAGGACUGACUGCCCCAUGCUGCAACACUACCAGAUGCACCCUGAGACCCCCUCUCCAUCAGUGCUCUGUGUGUGCAACCUUGAGUUUUUGCAUUCAUAUAAGCCCUUUGGGAUCAUUGUGCUCACGGAUGUCAGUAGCUUUGCAAGGAGCCAGCCCUGUGACCCUCUCUGGGUGAGCUGCACCCGGGGAUGCAAGGGAGAGCAGCCCAGGGAUAGCACGCGCAGAGAGGAGGUUUCAGCACCAGCUCACUGGACAGCUCCCAGUGCUCAGCUACAGACCUCAGAACUCCCUUCCUCCAGACUGCAGGACCAGCUGCCCCCAAGAGGACCCUGCUCUCUUUAUUUUCCAUUUAACUCCACCAAAGGUUGCCUAAAAACUACUUUUCCAGCAUCCAGUCUGGGGAAGGUUACAAGCACUGAUCUGUUCUCUCAACAACAAUUAGCUGGAAGCAAAGCAAUGCAUGCCAAUCCAUUCAACCUCCCUCUUAUAUCACAAGCACAAGAUGUCAAGCAAGGGGCCAGUGGGAGGAGUAGGGAGAAGGCAUCCCUCCCAUUGAUAAGAACACGCAGGGCGGUCAACCGGCAUCCUCACUUCCCCCAGUAUAAUUAUCAGGUUCAGGUGGCUGAAAAUCAGCCCCCUGGGACCCCUGUGAUAACCAUGACAGCACAAGACCCUGAUGUUGGAGAUUCUGGGAAGGUUUUCUACACCAUGGAUGCUCUGAUGAAUAGCAAGUCUUUGGAGCUGUUUAGUAUAGAUUCAGUGACAGGUCUAAUCUCCACCGUAGAGAUUCUAGACAGGGAAAGCAUGGACCUCCACUAUUUCCGUGUCACCGCCGUGGACCACGGCUCCCCGCGUCUGUCGGCCACCACCAUGUUGGCUGUUACUGUCGCUGACAAAAAUGACCACAGCCCCACGUUUGAGCAGACAGAGUACAGGGAGAGUAUUAGAGAGAACGUGGAGGAGGGGUACCCAAUCUUGCAACUGAGAGCCACCGAUAUUGAUUCCCAAGCUAACGCCAAUAUUAAGUACCGUUUUGUGAAUGAACAGGCAGCCCAUUCUGUGUUUGAAAUAGAUGCAAGAUCUGGCUUAAUCACCACCAGUGGGCAGGUAGACAGAGAGAAGAGGGAGAAAUACUCUUUGAUUGUAGAGGCCAGUGAUCAAGGUAAGGACCCAGGACCCAGGUCAUCCACUGUUAAAGUUGAGAUUACUGUCCUAGAUGAGAAUGACAAUGUGCCCCAGUUUAGUGAGAAACGUUACAUUGUCCAGGUGCGAGAAGACAUGAGAGCUCAUACUGAGAUUAUAAGGGUCUCAGCUACUGAUCUUGACAAGGAUAGUAACUCGGUGGUCCAUUACAACAUUAUUAGCGGUAACAGCAGAGGUCAGUUCUCCAUUGAUAGUUUAAAUGGUGCCAUACAGGUGGUAGCACCCUUGGACUUUGAAAAAGAGAGGGAGUAUACACUCAAAAUCCGUGCACAGGAUUCCGGCCGCCCUCCACUAUCAAACAACACUGGUAUAUUGAGUGUACAAGUGAUAGACAUAAAUGACCAUGCCCCUAUAUUUGUCAGCACCCCAUUUCAAGUAAACGUGCUUGAAAAUGUCCCUUUGGGUCACUCUGUGAUUCACAUCCAAGCUGUCGACGCAGAUUAUGGAGAAAACGCCCGUAUGGAGUACAAGUUAACAGGAGUGUCGUCUGCUACACCCUUUGUAAUCAACAGCGCUACUGGUUGGAUCACUGUGAGUGGCACACUGGAUAGGGAGACUGUAGAUCAGUAUCAGUUUGGGGUGGAAGCUCGUGAUCAUGGAAAUCCACCAUUGUCUGCAUCCGCCAGUGUCACCAUCAUAGUCCUGGAUGUAAAUGACAAUCGACCAGAGUUUACCCAACGGGAAUAUUUUAUUCGUUUAAAUGAAGAUGCCAGCGUGGGAACCAGUGUACUUAGCCUAACUGCUAUAGACAGGGAUGUGAACAGCGCCAUCACGUAUCAGAUCACUGGGGGGAACACCCGCAAUCGCUUUGCCAUUAGUACACACAGUGGAUCAGGGUUAAUCACUCUGUCUCUGCCCCUUGACUACAAACAGGAAAGACGCUACAUCCUAACAGUGACCGCUUCUGACCGCAUCCUUCAUGACAACUGCUAUGUCCAUAUAAACAUCACUGAUGCGAACACUCACAGACCCGUCUUUAAUAGCGCACACUACCCGGUUGAUAUCAACGAGGAUAGCCCCAUUGGAAGCACUGUGUUGGUAAUUGUGGCAACAGAUGAUGACAUGGGGGAGAAUGCCAGGAUCACAUACUUUUUGGAGGACAACAUCCCUCAAUUUGGUAUCAACCCAGACACUGGAGCCAUCACACUUAGUGCCCAGCUAGACUAUGAGGAUCAGAUGACUUACACUAUUGCUAUUGUGGCAAAAGAUAAUGGAAUCCCCCAAAAAUCAGACACCGCAUAUGUAGAAGUAAUGGUUAACGAUGUCAAUGAUAAUGCUCCUCAGUUUUUGAACACACUGUACCACGGUAUAGUCUCAGAGGACGCUCCGCCCUUUACCAGUGUCCUACAGAUCUCUGCCACCGACCGGGAUUCUCAUUCCAAUGGAAGGGUACAAUACACUUUUCAAAAUGGCGAAGAUGGCGAUGGGGAUUUCACGAUUGAACCAACCUCAGGUAUCAUACGGACAAUACGAAAGUUGGACAGAGAAAGCGUUUCCUUCUAUGAAUUGACAGCGUAUGCUGUGGAUAGAGGCAUCCCUCCCCAAAGGAGUCCAGUUCGUAUCCAAGUAGCCAUCCAGGAUGUCAACGACAAUGCUCCAGUAUUCCCAGCGGAUGAGUUUGAGGUCUUCAUAAAGGAAAACAGUAUUGUUGGCUCCGUGGUUGGCCAAAUCAAAGCCACGGAUCCUGAUGAAGGCCCAAAUGCACAAAUAAUGUAUCAGAUUGUAGAAGGCAACAUUCCUGAAAUUUUCCAGAUGGAUUUCUUUUCUGGAGAGCUGACCGCCCUCACAGAUUUAGAUUAUGAGACCAAAUCUGAGUAUGUGAUCGUGGUCCAGGCAACCUCAGCUCCUCUUGUUAGCAGGGCAACCGUUCAUAUUAAGCUGAUUGAUCAGAAUGACAACACUCCCGUUUUGAAGAACUUUCAGAUACUCUUCAAUAAUUACAUCUCCAACAGCUCCAACACUUUUCCCUCUGGUGUGAUUGGAAAGAUACCAGCCUAUGAUCCCGAUGUGUCAGACAGACUAUUCUACACGUUUGAGCGUGGAAAUGAGCUAAAUUUGUUAAUUGUCAAUCAUUCCAGCGGGGAGUUAAGGUUAAGCCGGAAACUAGACAACAAUCGUCCAUUGAUGGCAUCAAUGCUGGUCACAGUGUCAGAUGGAAUCCAUAGUGUGACGGCCCAGUGUGUGCUACGGGUUCUCAUCAUCACCGAGGACAUGUUGUCCAACAGCAUCACCGUGCGCCUGGAGAACAUGUCCCAGGAGCGAUUUCUGUCCCCACUGUUGACCAGUUUCUUAGAAGGCGUUUCAACGGUGUUGGCCACCGCAAAGGAAGACAUCUUCAUCUUCAAUAUCCAGAAUGACACCGACGUGGACGGCUCCAUACUCAACGUUAGUUUUUCAGCUCUGGUGCCCCAAGGGGAUCGCUCCCAGUUCUUCAGCUCGGAGGACCUCCAGGAGCAACUGUACAUGAAGAGGAUGACCCUGACGUCUGUCUCCAUGCUGAAGGUCCUCCCGUUUGACGACAAUGUCUGUCUGCGUGAGCCCUGUGAAAACUACAUGAAGUGCAUAUCGGUGCUUAAGUUUGACAGCUCGGCCCCCUUCAUCUCCUCCGAGUCCAUACUCUUCCGUCCUAUUCAUCCCAUCACCGGUCUCCGCUGCCGCUGCCCACAGGGCUUCACUGGGGAUUACUGCGAAACGGAGAUUAAUUUGUGCUACUCCAACCCCUGUCAGAAUGGAGGUGUGUGCGCCAGGAGGGAAGGAGGCUACACCUGUAUCUGCCAGGAGCGUUUCACAGGUGACAGUUGUGAAGUGGACAGCGGCUCAGGACGCUGCGUGCCCGGCGUCUGCAGGAAUGGGGGGACAUGCACCAACUUGGCAGAAGGAGGUUUCACCUGCCAGUGCCCACCCGGGGGCUUUGAGAAGCCGUACUGCGAGCUGUCAACGCGUUCCUUUCCUCCUAAAUCGUUCGUCAUGUUCCGGGGGCUCCGGCAGAGAUUUCACAUGAGUCUGUCGCUCUCAUUUGCCACCAAAGAGAGGAAUGGUCUCCUGUUUUACAAUGGACGUUUGAACGAGAAACAUGACUUCAUCGCGGUAGAGAUUACCGAUGGACAGGUGCAGCUGAAAUACUCCACAGGUGAAUCCAGCACCCUGGUGACCCCGUUUAUUCCCGGGGGUGUUAGUGAUGGGAAAUGGCACACCAUCCAGCUCCGCUACUACAACAAGCCAAAGACUGGAUCUAUGGGGGUAGCUCAGGGACCGUCCAAAAAGAAGGUGGCCGUGCUGGCAGUGGAUGAUUGUGACAUUUCUGUGGCCCUGAAAUUCGGCAGUGAGAUUGGGAACUACACGUGCGCAGCGGAAGGGGUGCAGUCCAGUUCCAAAAAAUCUUUGGACCUCACAGGCCCCCUGCUCCUGGGUGGUGUCCCCAAUCUGCCUGAGAACUUCCCGGUUACACACAGAGAGUUCAUAGGUUGCAUGAAGGACCUGUACAUUGACAGCAGGAAGGUUGACCUGGCUUCGUAUAUAGCAAAUAACGGAACAUCUGCAGGGUGCCAUGCCAAGCAAUCCCUGUGUGACUCCAACCCAUGUAAGAAUGGUGGCAACUGCUCAUCGGGCUGGGGAACCUACACAUGUGCUUGUCCAUUGGGAUUUGGCGGCAAGGACUGCAGGGUUGCGAUGCACCAUCCCCAUCAUUUCAACGGAAGUGGGAUCCUCUCCUGGGACUUCAAAAAUGAAGUGAAGAUCUCCAUCCCCUGGUUCAUGGGGCUGUCAUUCCGGACACGACGGGCUGACGGGGUGCUGCUGCAGGCGCACGCUGGGCAGUAUACCACCAUCCUGUGCCAGCUGACCUCGGGCCUGGUCUCCUUCUCAGUCACCCGUGGCACCAGCAGAACCUCCAGUCUCCUAUUGGAUCAUAUGGAGGUGAAUGAUGGGAGGUGGCAUGACCUGCAGCUGGAGUUGCGCGAUGUGCGCAGUGGGCGCGAAACGCGUUACGUCAUCACCAUCAACUUGGACCAUGGGAUUUACCAGGACACAGUAAAUGUUGGGAAUGAGUUGCAUGGACUGAGGGUUAAACAUCUCUAUGUGGGAGGAACUAUGGGAGGCCGAGAGGUGCAGAAUGGCCUGGAGGGCUGCAUACAGGGGCUGCGACUGGGAGAGACAUCUAGUGGCAUUACCUUGCCCAAGCCAACCAGUAUCUUGAAUGUGAAGACUGGCUGCAGCGUUCCUAAUAUGUGUGCUCCAGGCCCCUGCCAGGGGAACAGCUCCUGUGUGGACAAGUGGCUGGGCCAUGACUGCGUCUGUCACCCAGGGUACUAUGGAGAGAGCUGUGUGGAUGUGUGUCAGCUGAACCCGUGUGUGAAUAAAGGGGUGUGCCGUCAUCUCCCAACUUCUGCCCUGGGCUAUACCUGUGAGUGCUCGGGCAACCAUUAUGGAAGAUACUGUGAGCAUAGAAUGGAUCACCAGUGUCCCCGGGGCUGGUGGGGGAAUGGAACCUGCGGACCGUGCAACUGUGACACCAAUAAAGGUUUCGAUCCGGACUGCAAUAAAACAAAUGGGCAGUGUCACUGCAAGGAGUUUCAUUAUCGCCCCAAAGGAAGCGAUACGUGUUUGCCUUGCGAUUGCUAUCCCAUUGGCUCUUCCUUAAGGUCAUGUGAUCUGGAUACCGGUCAGUGCUUUUGCCGGCCUGGAGUGAUUGGGCACCAGUGCAACAGCUGUGACAACCCGUUUGCCGAGGUCUCGCCGAGUGGCUGUGAAGUUAUAUAUGACGGAUGUCCAAAAACACUAACAUCAGGCGUUUGGUGGCCCAGGAUCAAGUUUGGCCUUCCUGCUGCUGUGCCGUGUCCCAAAGGCUCACUGGGGACAGCCAUCCGACACUGUGACGACGUGAAGGGUUGGCUUGAACCCGACCUCUUUAACUGCACCUCUCCAGCGUUCAUGGAACUGUCUGUAUUGCUGGAAAGCUUAGAGAGGAAUGAAACGGAGCUCAACACCAUCGAGGCCAAGAAACUGUCACUGCGCCUCCGCUCCAUCACAGACGAUAUGGAUCGGUACUUUGGGAACGACGUCCAGAUAACCAGCCGACUGCUAUCUCUCCUCAUGCAGUUUGAGAACAGACAAGAAGGGUUUGGUUUAACGGCUACUCAGGAUGCCCAAUUCACGGAGAACCUGCUCAGGUCGGGGAGCUCGGUCCUGACGCUGGGUAACAAGGAGCACUGGGAGAGUCUCCUGCAGAACGAUCGCGGCAGUUCUGGGCUUAUGGAACUGUUUCGGGAAUACACCAGCACCCUGGCCAGGAACAUGAAACUCACCUAUCUGAACCCUGUCGGCCUGGUGACUCCGAACAUUAUUGUUAAUAUUGAGCGUGUGGAUAACCAGAUCCCGCCGAGGAGACAUUUCCCGAGAUAUCACAGUAGUCUCUUUCGAGGCCAAAUUUCCUGGGAUCCGCACACGCAUGUGGUGCUUCCGGCAUCCGUUCUGAAGCCACCAAAGCCGGAAGCUCAACCAACAAUUUUGCCGAGUCCGACCAGUCCCGAAAGUAACUUAACCACAGGGGUUCCCCCGCCAAAGAGAAUUAUCCCUGAUCCAGACCCUGUGGCUACUAUCCUCAUUCUGAUUGUGUAUCGCACCUUGGGGGACCUGCUGCCAGCACGAUACAACGCAGACAAGAGAAGCUUUCGGCUGCCGAAGAAUCCGGUGAUGAAUUCGCCCAUUGUCAGCGUUUCUGCCAUCCGAGAUCGGUCCUUUAUCAAAGGGGUGCUGGAGGGGCCGCUGAUAAUAGAUUUCCAGCUGCUGCAAACAGAAAACAGAAGCAAACCCAUAUGUGUACAGUGGAACCAGUCCACCCAAAUAGAUCCACCAGGGAGCUGGACAGCUAAGGACUGUGACCUGGUCUUCAGGAACACUACACACGUGCACUGCCAGUGCUCCCAGUUCGGUAGUUUUGGGGUUCUCAUGGAUGGGUCCCAUCGAGAGCAAUUGGAGGGAGACCUGGAGACUUUGGCCAUUGUCUCCUACACCUGUAUGUCCAUCUCACUGGGGCUUCUUGUGGCAACAUUUACCAUCCUCGCCGCUCUCAAGGGGCUCAAAUCCAACACUCGGGGAAUCCAUUCCAACAUCGCCUCCGCACUUUUCUUCUCCAAGCUGGUGUUUCUACUGGGCAUCAACAGCACCGAGAGUGUGUUCCUCUGCACCGUGAUCGCCAUCCUUCUUCAUUACUUCUUCCUGUCCACCUUUGCCUGGUUAUUCGUGGAUGGGCUCCAUAUUUACCGCAUGCAGACGGAAGUCAGGAACGUUAACAUUGGCGCCAUGCGCUUUUACCAUGCCAUUGGUUGGGGUGUCCCAGCCAUUAUCACAGGUUUGGCGGUGGGACUAGACCCAGAAGGUUACGGAAAUCCCGACUUUUGCUGGAUUUCAAUCCAUGAUAAACUAGUGUGGAGUUUUGCUGGACCUAUCGCUGUUGUGAUUGUGCUUAAUGGAAUUAUGUUCCUCUUGGUGGCCAAACUCUCCUGCUCCCCGGGUCAGAAGGAAACGAAAAAGAAGUCUGUCCUUAUGACCUUGCGAAGCUCCUUCAUUCUCCUCCUGUUUAUCAGCACUACCUGGCUAUUCGGUCUGCUGGCUGUAAAUAACAGCGUCCUGGCCUUUCACUACCUCUAUGUUCUCCUCUGCAGCCUGCAGAGUUUGACUGUGCUGGUUCUCUUCUGCAUCCUCAAUGAAGAGGUACAAGAGGCUUGGAAAGUUGUCUGUCUUGACAAGAAAAGCCAAGGCGAGGACACUUCUAGACAAGCACCGAUGGGGGGGCCCAAUGCAUACAAUAACACGGCGUUGUUCGAAGAGAGUGGCCUGAUAAGGAUCACGUUAGGAGCUUCCACCGUUUCAUCUGUCAGCAGCGUGCGCACAGCGCGUACCCACUCCAGUCACAGGCCCUAUCUGAGGGAAAAUAUCGCUGCCCGCCAAGGAUCGGCCAAAGACCAUAGUCUACUCAGUCAUCACUCAGGUCCAACCGACUUGGACGUAGCCAUUUUCCAUCGAGAUGCAGGAGGAGAACAAGAUUCGGAUUCGGACAGUGACCUGUCGCUGGAUGAGGAUCGUAGCCUGUCUAUCCCAUCAUCAGAGAGCGAGGAAAAUGUCCGCCCCCGCGGCAGAUUCCACCGUCAGUUCAAACGGGCGGCUCACAGCGAGAGGCUCCUCACCAACCCAUCUAAUCACAACCCUAAAGACAUGGAUGGCAAUGAUUUGAUGUCCUACUGGCCGGCCCUGGGUGAGACAGAGGUUCAGUCAAACUCAUUGCAGAAAUGGGGGUCUGAAAGGAAACUUGGUCUUGAUCUCAACAAGGAUGCAGCUAAUAAUAACCAGCCUGACCUGACCAGUGGGGACGAGAACUCCCUCACACACUCCCAUAGGCAGAGAAAAGGUAUCUUGAAGAACCGACUUCAGUACCCACCAGGUUUGUCAUCCAUGGGUAAGAUGACAAAUGAAUUAUCAUGGUAUAAAACGUCCACUUUGGGCCACCGGGCUGUCCCCGCAGCUUCUUAUGGCAGAAUGUAUUCUGGCGCGGGCAGCCUGUCUCAACCCACCAGCAGAUAUUCCUCUCGAGAACAACUGGACAUGCUGAUGCGAAAGCAGAUGUCUAGAGAGCAGUUGAGUCGAAAUAAUUCCAGAGAACUUCUGGAAGCUGUACCUAGUAGACAUGGAUCCCGUGAGCAUCUAGACACCAUACCAAGCCGACAUGGUUCAAGAGAGCAACUGGACAUUAUCUCUAAUCGACAUGGGUCUAGAGAACAUUUAGAAAGUAUAUCAAGUCGUCAUGGAUCUAGAGAACAUUUAAACCAGUCAGACAUGAGAAAUGAUAGGAGGGAUCAUAUGAAUUCAGUGCCUAAAAGGCAUGCUUCUAGAGAACAUCUGGAAGCAUUACACAACAGAUAUGGGUCAAGGGAGCAGAUUGACCCUGGGCCGGUAAGAGAGCUAUCUCGAGAAUGGAUAAACUCUAUGCCAAAUAGGCAAGUAUCUAGAGAGCGAAUGGACUCUUUACUUAAUAGACAGACUUCUAGGGAACAGCUAGAUAUUCAUUCCAGGCGACAGCCUUCUAGAGACCAACUAGCAUCAGCAAGGCAACCUUCAAGAGAGCAAUUAGACUUUUUAUCCAGAAGAUCUAAUUCCAGAGAAGACCUGGAUACAGUGCCUAGUACUCAUUCAUUUACAGAUAAUUUAGAGACUCUUUCUAGAAAGGAAACAUCUAGAGAAAAUUUGGACACUUUUUCAAAAAGACUUCCGUCUAGGGAUAAUCUUGAAACUCUCUCUAGAAGACAACCUUCCAGAGAAAAUCUAGAUGCAGUUCCCAGUCGACAUCCUUCCACCGAACAGCUAGAUAUCCUGUCAUCCAUUCUUGCUUCAUUUAACACAUCCGUCCUUUCCUCCACGAAUCCAGCCCAGCAGACAGCGAACCCUUCAGUACAGAAUUCUUCAACGCCAUCUAUGUUGUGUUCAUCUACGCCUCAUUCUGCAACCUCCCACAGCAUAUCUGAGAUGUCUGCAGAUUCUGAAUUAGUGAGAAAUGAUGCUAAUUCCUGAGAGCCCCCAGCAGGAGCAGGAGGAAAGGGAGAUACUUCAGGCAGCUGUGUACGCAAGCACCUGGUGACCUAUUCGCUAGCAGGGGUCCGUAGUCCGCAAGCCCGCUGGCCUGAGACGUGACUGAGCAGGAGGAGGUCAGUUAUCUCAGGUAACCAUUUACCAACCGCAAAUAACACUGCUAUGCCGAAGACAGGAUAAAACAACACACACGGCUGCUCGUAAAAGUGACGUGGAGAGACGUGGGUUACAGAGAGAGGACACGACCACCCGCUGUAUCCGCGUAUCGCCAGGAAUGCUUGCUGCUGAAGACUCCUUUCACAAGACUGUCAUCGGGAGAAGAGAGUUUCAAAUAAACUGAACAGACUUUUUUUUUAUACAUUUUGUACCUUUGUAACCAGAGCUAAAAGAAAAUAAUAAUUUCUAUCCUUAUUUUUGGGAGUUCUAUGUCGAUGUCAUUCCAAUGCAGGCACUGUUCUUACUGGGUCUACUUAACAUGUCUUGGGGGAUUUUACAAGAUGGGGGAUAAUGCUUGAAUUUCAAGGAAGAACCCACACAGGAUUUAGGUUACUGUAUCAAAAGGAAGCUAUGUUAUGUUGGCUGGAUUCCUUAAUAAGAGUAUACCUCCUAACAGUCCCGAUAUGAGGGUUCUGUCCUGCCAUCCCAUCCGCAGGUGGCAACUCUGUACAGCCCCUGCUGCUGACCUUCUUGACAGGGAAGGGAAUUUGGCUAAAGGGCCAUGUCCCAUUGUAACUUUGCUUGCUUCCUGUCCCGAUUCCGGGAACGGAAAUUUUUGGAAAUAUGCUAAAGGAACAGAUGGUAUAUGCCCAUCACCUACACACAAUGGAGGGUGCCAAUUUGUGGGCUGAGCCGUUAAAAUACCCAAUAUUCCAAAUUUGAAAAUUAGGACUUUGGCGAUCUUUCGUAUAAUUCACAAAGCUGGAUAUUUUCAUAAGGUUGCAGCCUACUUACCUGGAGCUAGGGGCAUCACUUAAUCUUGGGGCUCUUUUAUAAAUCCACUAGGGACACAUUGUGCCUCGUGCCUCAGUGAUGUCACUAUUUUCUAGUGAAUCCAUAGGCCACAUUGCCGUGAAUAUUGGCUCAGCCCACAAUUUUGGUAAGAGCAUUCUGUAGGCGACAGAACGUUCAGACGCAGGGUUACUUGAAACAAGCCGUCAGUGGACUCUUCAUAUGACAGAAUUACUGCCAAUUAAUGUGUGCCUGUCACUCUCAGAAUUAAACGUUUCUUAUCCAAUAGUAUACAAGUUACCUAUAUCUGCUCCCAAUCUAUCUUGAGCUUUUUACAUUCCAAAAAUUGGGUCUGUUGACAGGUAUACAUACAUAGUGCAGGCUGACCAGUAUAGAACUAGUUCCAUCCAGUCCUUAUCUGUAGAUCGCAGGGCGUUCAAUCCAAAGACGUGUUUCCGCGUUCUUGCGGCAAUUAUUCGUGUGUGUUGCAGCCACCAUCUCUUAGUUAUGACACUGAGCCUCACUGAAGCACUCAAAACAAAAAGUUGCAAUCUCAUUGUCAAAAAAUAAAUAAAAAAAUUAGCGCCAUUGAAAAUGAUGUCAAACGUUAGCUCAUUAAAGUGGUACAGCCUGAUUAUAAUAACACUGUACAAUCAUUGGCGAACGCUAUAUAAAAUAAUGAGUAUUUAACUAUUUUUUGUUAUCAGGUUUUAUUUGUUAUUUGCAGUUUCUUUUGUUUUCCUGUAUACUGUUUGAAAUACAACAAAAAGGGCUUUUUAUCUAAUAACAACACAUUAUUAUUUUUUAUUUAUAUAUAUGUCUUUGAGACGCUAAUAUUAACUGACUUUUUACAAAGUACAAAGCAAGUGUUAACCACUAUUAGGUGCACAAUAAGGCAUACAACUAUAAAACUGUAAUAGAGAACACAGUAGAUAAUUCAAAAUAUAUGCAGGGUAAAGUAUUUGCUUCUAUACCUUUGUACUAUACCUGAAUGAGGGUAUUAAAUGUCACCUGAGGAUAAGCAAUUUCUAAAUCCAUGCUACAGUAUUUACCAUGAAAAAUAUUUUUCAUAAGAUUACAGUAUUACUGUACAAAAUAAAGACCAUAGCUUCUUGCCCAAUUCUAAUACAGGUUGAAUAUCCUAUAUCCAAAUAUUCCGAAAUACGGAAUAUUCCAAAACAAGGAAUAUUUUGAGUGAGCGUGAGAUAGUGAAACCUUUGUUUUCUGAGAGCUCAAUGUACACAAACUUUGUUUAAUACACAAAGUUAUUAAAAAUAUUGUAUUAAAUGACCUUCAGGCUGUGUGUAUAAGGUCUAUAUGAAAUAUAAAUGCAUUCUGUGCUUAGACUUGGGUCCCAUCGCCAUGAUAUCUCAUUAUGGUAUGCAAUUAUUCCAAAAUACGGAAAAAUCCGGUAUCCAAAAAACUUCUGGUCCCAAGCAUUUUGGAUAUGGGAUACUCAACCUGUAUAUAAUAAUAGUACAUCUAAAAAACAUCAUGCAGCAAUAAAGUAUAAUAAUUAGAAGUCACUGAGCUGCACAUAAUAUUAAACAUUCAUAUACAUACAAUCCUAAUUAUAUAACACAAAAAAAAACAAGAAAGGCAGUGAAGAGACAAAAUGAUGCCUUAUAUUUCUGAAAUAAUCCCUUUAUGCUGAGGUCUACAUAAAUCCAUGAACACUGUAUUAAAUAUGUAUUGUUGAAACCAAAAAUUCGAAUUAUACCUCCUGUUACCUUGGCAACACAUAAUCAGCAGGCAUAAUACACUGUGUAUCACAUGCACAAAACACAAAAGAGUAGAAAGUGAUGGCGGUAGAUACCAGAAUUAAACCACCAUGCAAGACAUAUGGUUGCCAUGAUACUCAGAACGGUAUCUCAACAAAGACAAAUAGUCCUCAGUAAAUCAGAAAAUAAAGCAAUAUCAGGAAAUUACCCAUUUCCAUAGAAUGAGUAUGUUUGGCUACUGAUUUCCUCACUUAAUUUCCAGUUACAAAAAGGUAAUUUGAGUUUUAUAAUUACUGUUUAAGAUGAAAUAAUAUAUUGUGCAGCAGUUAAACAAAAUAAGUGUGGGAAAACAGACAGAGAAUGUGAUCACACUGGAAAUGGGUCACUUUGUGAGGUUUGAAGAACUGUCUGGAAAUUCUGAGUAUUGUCAACUAAAGCCCCGUACACACUAGGCGAUAUUUUGAACAAUAUCGCUCAGAAAGGGCUUUCUGAGCGAUAUUGUUUAACAAUAUCGCCUAGUGUGUAAACUCAUAUCAUUAACAAUGCACGUUCCCACUCAUCGUUAACGACCCCCUCCCUCGUCUGAACAUGUACAGACGAGGCAGGUCCUCUUUAACAACAGCAGGCUGUCGUUCACCCCGCCGUCACUCACUUACCCGCUGGCAUCGGCAAGUGUGUAUGCACUUGCCGAUGCCGGCACCCCGCCGAAUCUCCGCGGCUAGUGGGGCUCGGCUAGUGUGUACUGGCCUUAACUUUUACUUCCAGAUAUUUAAAUAUAAUUGAACUUGCACAUUUAUUAUGGUUUUAUCCCAAAAGUUUAUUCAUCAGGCAUAACCCAAUAAAAAUUAGAUGUCAUAUACAUUCUGUAGCAUAAGACAAUGGUGACUAAAAUAAAAGACAAAAUUAUUUUUAUUACUAUUAUUUAUUUUAUUUUAAU